UUGUGUUUAUCAGUGAAGCGCUAUAGUAAAAAUUUUAAAUAUGUUUGUGUAUUUAAUUAAAAACCGCUGCAUGUUCAGGUGGUUGUACUUCAGAAAACUAUCGAUUACCAUAUCAAGCUAUAGAAAUGUUGCCGCAUAUUAAAAUAGCCAUCAUUGGUGCUUCUGGUACGGGCAAGACGUCUUUCAUUAGGAAAUUUAAAACCAAUCAGUUUAUUCAAGAAGAUGCCCAUAAAGAUUAUUGUGAGAUGAUGUCUCCUGAUCUAAAACGAAGAAACCGCAAUUCGAAAGCGAAGGAAGCGAUACAGGCUUCACUAGAUGUACCAGCACACAUGGAGAGGUGCCAGGCAACAACCUGUACUGUACUGUUUAAACCGAAAUUGGUGGGCAAGCAUAAUGGAGUUGAAGAUCUGCUUGAUAUUACACUAAUGGACUUUCGGGAGUUCGAAAAAUUUCCUCUCGAUUCGUUAGAAGAGUGGGAGACAAGAGGAGCUAUUGGAGUGAGGUCCGCUGACGCGUAUAUUCUAUUUUAUGACGUCACGAACUUCUCGUCUCUUGAGCACGUAAUCAAUAUGAGAGAAGGCAUUGUAGAAUCGUGUGCUUUGAGUAUGGAUAGCCAAGCUAAUGGGUCAUCGAAUUCACGUGCCAAGUACAAGGUAUCCCCUAUGUUUGAGACAACUGCGCCAAUGAACUGUUUUAGCGAUCAGAAAUUACGUCGCAACUCCGACCGGCCCACAAAAACGAAGAAGGGUUUUUGUCCAAGCGAUCAAAUAGUGAAAAGAGCUCUUCUGAGAGCAUAAAAGUCCGAAACAUCAUCGCAUCUUCAUUUUUAAGUCCGCUAGCACCAGUAGCAGCACCCAGAACGAACGAUACCGGUGCUUUUAAAUCAAGUCCGCGUCAAUACCCGCCUGUUUUUAUGGUCGUUGGCAACAAACGAGACCUCUGCACACCUGGCCUUUCCCCAAUCUAUAACUAUGGCCCCGCAGCGUCAUCUCGUGACGAAAUUGUGCUACGAAAUCGAGAAGUAAACGAGCGUAAGGUGUCGCAGUUGGCGAAGAAAAGCUGGAGGUCGCAACACUUUGAGAGCUCUGUGAAGUUUGGCUGGAAUGUGAACACAGUUAUCCACGAAACGAUAAAAAUGGUGAUGACGACCAAAUACCCGAAGCGGUACAAGCCCUAAUUUUUCCGGGUCUUACUACCAGGAAAUGAAUCAAAACUAGGAUUAACUGAAAGAGACGUUUUCGCUAAAGAGUAGCGCUGUGUGACCUGUAAAAGCAUAUUGUCUCACAAAACAUUUAUUGGUGCACCUUUUGUUUCUUGUUUGUAGCUAUCUAAGAUCUUAUGCACAAAUAUUGUUUUUCAAAUAACAAAACAUGGAAAAAGGUUUAGAAAGUCACGGACAUAGAUUAAACAAUAUCACCUCAACCAGACAGUAUUCAUCCACAAGACUUUGAUUAACAUUGCUGCAUUUCAUUUAACGUUUAAUUGUGUACAGUAAAUAUUGAUAGAAUUUCGAUUUUUGUUUUUUUCAUUAUAAUCUAAUCUUUGAAACAUGAUAGAAAACAAAUUC